AUGGCACAGUCUCCUACAGAGCUUUUUGCCACAUCGUGGACCCUCCAUCGUCUUUCUCCGCUAUACCACAUUGCAGAAUCCAAAGGCACCAUCCUCGAGAAUUCUCAUGCCCGGUCUGCCUACGCCAACCGCCUCCGUGACAUGCUCACAGGCGACACACUUCACGGCAUCCGACUCUCUCUCGACAACAGCUCCCUUUUAGACGAAGCCCUUGCAAAAGCCGGUGUCUUAACAUCCUGCGAAUGGGAGACCAUACCCACCUGGCACUACUGGAACGAGGAGCGUUCCCUACUUGAAGAUCCGGACCAGGACACUCUUACUGUCACGGCAGAUCAAUCUGCCGGCAUUCUCAUAACUCUCGAGUACGAGACUAUCACAUAUAAAGCUGCUUUGCUAUGUGAUCCUGAUGGUUACCAGAGCCCUAGGAACGAUGGCGGGGUGACCUAUCUUCCCCUCUUGGUGACGCGUAUGCCCAAUGCGUUGCGGCAAGCGUUUAUUUCAUUCUUAGGAGCUAAUUUUGAUGCACGUUGCUCGGUUUUGAGACUUCCAUCAGCAUUUCUAUGCUCGUGCUUGGAGACAUACCUGUCGACGCUCUGUCAAAGUGUGCGCGGUGACGCUGGCUUCCAAGAUGUCGUUGAAAGGGUGAUGAAGGACGUUCAGCUAACACUAUCGUUUGCUUCACCGGUUGCACCUGCGCUGAAGAGCAUAGACGUGUCUUUGCCCCGUCAAUCACUGGGUAAAUUUUACAUUCGCGGCCUGGAGAAGGCAGAUGUAUCACCGGAAGAUGCUCAGGGGCGCAACUUGCGGUCCGACGCUUCAGCCGCUUUCCGUCAUGAAACACCGACCCCGCUCUUAUCAGAACUAUCAAAUUAUUUCCAAACGCAUCUCGCCAUGAACCUUGAUCUCAGCACACCCCCUACAGUCACUGACUCUCGGAGUCAAGAAAGGAAAUACGUCCGUCUGACUAAAGUUGCUUCGGCCGCGUUUGUUAUUGGCUUUGAAGGGCGACUGAAACUUCUUGCGAAUCCUGGAAGAGUUUUCUUCAUCGAUGAAUCACAGCUUGAUGACGAAGAGGCCUUGGAGGAUACCGAGGGAAGGGAGAAGAGGUUCAUUUGGAAAGCUAAUGAGGAGCUGUUACGGGCACUUGUACUGAGAGCCAUGGGGAGCCAACAAACCGAGAGUGGGAAUACAUCGGUUACCGUUGAAACUUGA